AUGGCUACAUCAAAUGCUGCAUCUCAACCUAAUCAAGAUACAACCAUCAAUCCCACUUCCACACUCACUCUCAAUCAAACAAUGCCAAUGAGUAAUCCUUCACACUUUCUUUCCCUUAAGCUCACCCCCACCAAUUUUCUAUUAUGGAAGACACAAUUUGAGCCAAUUCUAAUUUCUCAUGACCUUGAAGGUCUCAUCGAUCGAACUGACACUGCACCACCAUCUACAGUAGGUGAGGGCAAUACCUCUCAGUCCAACCCAGAGUUUAUUUCUUGGCGCAAACGUGACCAAAUGCUUCGCAGCUGGAUUAUUGCAUCCUUAACUGAAGAUGUUAUGCCUCACAUAGUAGGCACCUCCACCUCCUCUCAAGCUUGGAAAGCUCUCACACAAGCUUUUGGAUCUCGUACGAAUACCCGACUCCUUCAGUUACAUACUCAACUUCAAAAUUUCUCAAAAGGCGAUCUACCAGUAGCGACUUAUUUUCAAAAGGCCAAACUCAUAGCCGAUCAACUUGCAGCCACAGGAAAACCCCUUGAUACCAAUGAGUUCAAUGCUAUUAUCUUCCACAAUCUAGGCAGCGAUUACAGUGAUAUGGUCACUGCCAUGUCUACCAAACUCAGUCCCAUCUCUUAUUCAGAACUCCAUAGCCUACUUGUGAGUCAUGAAAUUCGUCUUCAAGAGAAGGCAACUUACUCCACCAUUCUUCCUUCUGCUAAUCUGGUGUACAAAGGCUAA